UAGCUGUGCAUUCUUUUGGACAAGGUGCUGGUUUAAGCAAAUUUCCAGCCAAGGCCCGAACCAACGAAAGGAAUCCAGCACCAUGGUGGCGGCGACCAAGAGACCCGGUGAUGUCCGCGACAUGACGCUGGAAGAGCGCCUCCAAAUGAAGAAGAAUGGAUUUGCAAACGCCCCGAAGCAAGUAGAGAGCGACGAAGACGACGACGAAGACAACGAUGAAGUUGGUGGCGAUGAAGGCGACCACCCGUCGACCAAGCGCGCAAACAAGAACCGACCGCGAGAAGUCACGUCCAAGCGGCCCGUCGGACGCUUCCGCGAAGUGCUUCAAAUCCGCAAGAAGGUGGCGCGGGAUCCUCGCUUCGAUCAUGCUAGCGGUAAACUGAACGAAGAUCUCUUCAAGAAGUCGUAUGCCUUCCUCGACGACAUCAAGGAAGCAGAACUCCAAGAAGCGAAAAAGCUCCUGAAACACGCCAAGAGCAAGACGCGCAAGGCCGAGCUUCAGCAAGAUAUUUCGUUGCGCAAGCAAGAACUGGCAGAGGCCAAGCGUGCCGACCGCAUUCGAGACGCCACGUUGAAGCGGAAGCGAGAAGAGCGCGAGGCCGUUGAGAAAGGCAAGGGCGCGUUCUACCUCAAGCGAAAAGACAAGAAGCAACUGGAACUCAAGGCCAAGUUCGACGAGCUUCAGGAAUCCGGUCGGUUGUCCAAGUUUAUGGCGAAGCGACGAAAGAAGAACGCCAACAAAGACCAUCGAUGGUUGCCCACGCAACGCAAGACAUAAUCGUCGCAAUUCAUCUUCCCCUUCCUUUCGAUCGUCUCGUUCAGGGUUGAUUGGGAUUCGCUCGUCAUGGGCAAUGCAGCACAAAAUUCCUUUGCGCGCGGUGGCAUCGAUGGCGGCUGCGACGACACCAAUGCAGUGUCAAAUCGGCGACGCCGUCGCGGCUGUCAAAUAUGACGAAACCGGACGGAAUUCGCUCGUUUCCGACGCACAAGUCGC